AUGGGAAUAAUGGAAGAUGAAAACAUUAGACAAGCAUGCAUGAUUAUUGCAUUACAAGAACUCCGCGAUUCACUAGAAGACAAUCCUGAUUCAACAACAAUACCACCAAUAAGGCAACCAAGAAGAGAACUAGGGGAAAGUGGAGCGCAAUAUAUACAUAGGUUGUUAACAGAAACACCUACGGAAUGUCAAAUUCAAUUAAGACUUGAUCGACAUAUGUUUGUUCAAUUAGUGAACUUGAUGAUUGAAAGAGAUCUACUUCACGACGCUAAAUAUGUGAAAGUAGCAGAGCAAGUAGGUAUAUGUCUAUAUAUUUUAGCAAAAGGAGUUUCAUAUCGUGAUGCUAGCGACAAAUUUAAGCAUUCUAUUUCUACAAUAUGCAAGUAUUUUAACCAAGUGUUAGAAGCGUUGGUUAUUUUGUCCUUCGAUAUCAUUAGACCACAUCGUGACUUAUCAGAGGUGCCUCCCGAGGUAGCUAAUAAUACAAAAUAUAGGCCUUAUUUCAAGGAUGCUAUUGGAGCUUUGGAUGGAACUCUUAUCGAUGCCAUUGUAAGUGAUACGAAUGGUGUGCCAUUUCGUGAUCGGCAUGGGAGAAAAAGUUGGAAUGUCUUGGCUUGUUGUUCGUUUGACAGAAUUUACACAUUUAUUAAUGUCGGUUGGGAAGGAAGUGUUCAUGAUACAACGGUGUGGAAAGACAGUUUGGGUGAUCCAAAAUUUAAUUUCCCUCAUCCACCUCCGGGAAAAUUUUAUUUGGCGGACUCGGCAUAUCCAAAUACUCUUGGAUAUAUGACGCCAUUCUUCGGGGGAGUAAGAAUACAUAUGCCUGAUUUUAGAAUACUGCCACCUAGAGGAUUAAAAGAACAUUUUAAUAAGCUUCAUUCAUCGCUAAAAAUGAAGAUGGAAUGUUCAUUUGGACAGUUGAAAAAAAUGUGGAGGAUACUACAUAACAUGCCACAAGUGUCACAAAAGAUUCAAAUGUCAAUCAUUAUAGCCACUUGCACACUACAUAAUUUUAUUCGGAUGCAUAAGCUUGGCAUACCAAUCAUUCAACAUGACGCGAGUAUAGGAGUAGCAGAUUCAACUAUGUAUGCACAAUGGCGCAAAAAAAGUAUGGCCAAAGUGCGACAUCGUAUAGCACGCCGAAUUUGGAGGGCUAAUCGCUCGGAAAGCGACAAUGUAGGUGAUGACAAUGACUAUCAAGAUGAUAGUGAAGAUGAUGAAAAUGAAGAUCAUAUGGAAGUAGAUGGUUAA